AACUGUGAACUUUAAAACCAUGUUACUUAAAAAAAAUACUGUUCAAAUGCGACAGCCUGUGACAAUCCGUAAUCACUAAUAAUCAUUACCAUCAAUAAUUAGUGGAAUUAAAGGCUAAAGUCUGGGCUACGUUUUUUCCAAAGGCCCCACACACAGUAGCCUACUAAAGACCGAAGGGUGUUGCAUGGAUAUAAUUCGGAAUUUAAUAGGACCUCUAUGGCUUCAUGAAUGAAGUGUCUCUGAUGUCACGUUGUUUACCUCUGCGUCGGAGUGACACGCCUUCCAUUCCAGGCAUAUAAACCUCAGGAAUUCAGAGACACUCCAGCAGACUUCGAAAUUGAUCCAAAAGUACUUUUCAGGAUGACAGUGAUUAUUCUACUCCUGCUGGUACUUGCGUUGACAUUUUCUGAAGCGGAGGACAAUGAGCUGUUCUCCGUGAUCAGCACCCCCCCUGAGAAGGGCCAGAGUGUUUUACCUGGCCAGAACCAGAGCACGAGGCUAGGGGUCAAAGACCCCUCUCUCCCCAUCAACGAGCUCCUGGAAAAGGGCAGCAAAGUCGGGGACUCCAAGUACGCCCUCCACCCCCUUCCCUCGGGGGUCUGGCCCAAGCACAGUGACCCUCGCCCCGGCCUCCACAACAAGAGCAAGAAGGGCCCUAAAAAUGACCGCCUGAUUGAGCACAACAGCGAGAAGAACCGCGGCGAGGUGAGUCUAGUGCUUCCCAAAAUGCCACUGACCGCUGCCACCAACCGCACACAGAAAGUUAGCGUGGACCCUCACCGGGACCCCCACACCAACUUCAACAACCCCCCACAGAGUGACCCGGACAGUCACCCCAACUCCAGACCCAGGGGCCAACCUCACUCGGCCCCCUCCCCUCGCAGGGACCCCUCAACCAGAAAGCUGGACCCGGAGGAGAACCGCCCUGGGGGGAAGUCCAGUCUGUACCAGUCCGGCGGCGCCACCCGGAAUAACAGCCGCUCAUCUGUGCUCCUCAACCGUCGCUCCUCCAGCCUGCUCUACCAUUUCGACAUUCUGAAACGAGAGUCUGACUUCCCUCACGAGGCCGUCUGCAUGAGUGAGUGCAGGAAGGAGAAGGAGGAGAGAGAGCACUACUGCUACAGUGAAUUUGCCGUCAAUGGGGUCGUUCACGACAUAGACGUGGUGCGUAAGGGGAUUAGACUCCUCACACUGAUGGUGAGCAGCGAUGGCUUCUACAAGAUGAGCCGCCUCUACGUCACUCCAGACAGCUUCUUUCUCAAAGUGCGUCUCCUUGUCCUGGACACCUACAAAUGUAGCAAGCCUUGUCCUGACAUCAAACUAGGUAGCCGGUACAUUAUAAUGGGUCAGAUCUACCACCGGAGGCGCCACCUCCCCAACGACCUCCUGGCCCUGCUGGGGGGAAAACUGAAGCCAGGGGAUGGCCUCCUCCGUAGCAACAACUACGUCAAGCGCUUCAACAAGAAGAGACACCAGAAAGCCCUGGAGGCCACCCGCUCCAAGUGUAGGUGAAACCAAAACAGACUAUCA